CAGACAGCCACCCAUAAUAACCAGGGCAAUGAGGACUCUGGAGGAACUGGGUGGGGUGUGCUGUGGGAAGGGUAUUUAAGUAGGCCAGGAGAAGCUAACAGCAGGAGCCAGGAACCACAAAGAGCAGAGGAGAGUGUGAUUUCUCCUCUCAGAUUUCACCAGGACCCUGGAAAUCUGGAAAAGAGAGAAAAGCAAGUUUGUUAAAAAGAAGAUGGCAUCUUCCAGAACACAGGAAAGAAGUAAAAUCAAACCACCUCAGAAAUAUCUCAAAGAAAGUAUCCUUGUAGAAAGGGGUGAACCUUCUGUUUAUGCAUUAAAACUGAAAAAGGAGUCUGAAACGUCUCCAAAGUACCAUCUAGGAAAAGAGAACUUGCAGAUCGCCAACAAAGUGAUCAUGAUGAUGGGAGCGUCUGGAUCAGGGAAAACCACUCUCAUCAAUGGGAUGAUCAACUACAUCCUGGGCGUGCAAUGGGGAGACGAAUUCCGGUUCAAACUUAUCGAUGAAGUGACCGGCAGAAACCAAGCAGAAAGCCAGACAUCCGAAGUGAGGGCUUAUGUGGUGAACUAUCAAGAGGGUCUCAAGAUCCCUUGCUCUCUCACUUUUGUUGACACUCCAGGAUUCGGAGACACGAGAGGAAUAGAACAGGACAAAAAGUUAGUGGAGAAGAUCCGUGAGUUUUUCUCCAUCCCAGGAGGAAUCGACCACAUCGAUUGUGUCUGCUUUGUGGUCAAGGCUUCCACAAACCGCUUAACAGCAGCCGAGAAAUACGUCUUUGAUUCCGUGCUCUCCAUCUUUGGGAAAGAUAUCAAGGAGAACAUCCAGUUCCUGAUCACCUUUGCAGAUUCACAGACUCCCCUGGUCCUUGAGGCCAUUAAGACGGCCGACGUUCCAUGCGCCAAAGAUGGCAAGGGGAACCCCGUGCAUUUCAAAUUCAACAAUUCCGCCCUGUUUGCCAACAAUGUCAUGGGGGACAGGGAGAGCCCUAACUUUGACGAAAUGUUUUGGAAAAUGGGUAUAAUCAGCAUGAAGACCUACUUUGACUCGCUAAGCAAACUGAACGCGAGGAGUUUGACUUUGACGAAGGAAGUUCUCAGGGAACGGAAAGAGUUGGAGACGGUUGUGCAGGGCCUGUUGCCCCAGAUCAAAACCGGGCUGGUCAAACUGGAAGAACUGAAGGAAACGGAACAAGUCCUUGACCAGCACAAAGCUGACAUGGCGGCCAACAGAGAUUUUGAGUAUGAGAUCCCAGUCACCGUCAAAGUGAAGCAAGAUCUCUCUGGAGCUCAUCAAUAUGCAACCAACUGCAAGAACUGCAAGGUCACCUGCCACUAUCCUUGCUGGGGUACCUGGGACCGGCUGAACCGCCUUUGCUCCGCUAUCAGUUUCUUCUCAGGAAAAUGCAACGUUUGUCCCAGCAAGUGCUCAGCCAGCGACCACCACAACCAGAAUUACCAAUUUAAGGACGAAAUAAGGAAAGAGAAGAAGACAUAUGCGGAGCUGAAGAAAAAGUAUGAGCACGCCUACCAUGGGGUUAUGACAGCAGAGCAGCUGAUUUGGCACCUCAGCCAGGAGUACAUCAAAGUAAGAGAAAAUUUGUUCGAAAACAUCGAGAGAGCGUCUCAAAGCCUGCGGCGCCUGGAGGAAAUUGCCCUGAAGCCCAACCCGCUCUCCACCCCAGAAUACAUCGACAUGCUCAUUGCGUCUGAAGAGGAGGAAUGCAAGCUUGGAUAUCAGAAAAGGAUCCAGUUGCUCAAGGAGGUGAAGAAAGAAGCAGAGAUCAUACAGAAGAUUGCGAAGAAGGAGGCUCUUCUGCCAGAGGAGGAGGAGAUGAUGAGCGAAAGGGGGGACAAAGGAAAAUUCCGCUUGAUAGCCAGAUAUUGGAAGAGAAGGGCGAUGAAUAUUCUCCCUAAAUGAAGGGGCAACACAACAGCGCCUGUUCAGCCUUAGAUCUCUGUAUAAGCGCCCCCCCCCCAUAUCCUUUUCGCUAAGUGCAGGGACUCUGAGGCUGGA